AUGCCUGAAAAACUAUGGAAAGCCUUCAGGAACUUCGGGAUGACCCUUGUACUGGCCUCCAAGCCUCGCACCAUCCAGUCUUUGAUAUUUACCUUCGCACAGGCUCUUCAGCAAUGUUUCAAUGACCAGCUUGUUACUCUCAGGCUCACCAAGGAAAGUGUCAGCAAAGUUCAGGAUCGUCUGCAAUCCACGAAUGGUGCAAUUUUGGUAGCUUUGAAUGCAACCCUGGCAGAAUAUAACAACCGUGCCAGUGCUGCGGAGGAGUGCAAAUGCUUGCUGCAGCACAUACUCGACGAAGCCAACAUUGCCACAAACAGCCUUCACAAGGAACUUUCAGAUUAG